UUGAGAAACAUUAAUAAUGGAGAAAAGUAUAAAUAGAAUGUGAGUUGAGAGACGCGUGGGGGUAGUAGCUGAGAGUGAGGCAGAUACAUACGCGAAUCUUGAAACCAAAUAAAAGCAAAGCACCUGAGAGCUCAGUCAAGCGAAGAUCCUGUUCCCCAGUCAGUUAGUUAGUUAGUUAGGUGUGAAAAUCUACUCAGAAGGAAAGAAAGAAAGAAAGGAUGAACAGGAGGCAGCGGAGAGCGUUCAUGGUGUUGAUGUGGACAGUUGGAUUCUGUCUCAUCGGUUACAUCGGCGGCAGACCUCUCUAUUGGCAUCUCAACGAGUCCCUCUCCGCCGUCUCUUCUUGCGCUCCUUGCCACUGCGAUUGCUCUCUUGAACCUCUUCUUUCUCUUCCUGACGGAUUGAAUAACUCCAUUUUAGAUUGUAUGAAGCAAGACCCAGAGGAGGGUGAAGGGUCUGAGAGGAGAUUCACUGAGCUUUUGUCACAGGAAGUAAGGCAGAAGGAAGCCAUAGCUGAGGAGAAACAAAGGAUAGCCGACACGACACUCUUGGAGGCAAAGAAACUAGCAUCACAGUAUCAGAAGGAGGCUGAUAAGUGCAACUCAGGGAUGGAGACAUGUGAGGAGGCUAGGGAGAGAGCUGAGGCAGCUCUUGUGAAUCAGAUGAAGGAGACUGCAUUGUGGGAACUCAGGGCUCGGCAAAGAGGAUGGAAAGAGAGCGCUUUUAAGAUAUCUAGGGCUCACUUUUGAAUACAGAUAUCAUCUUCUGCCCUGUGUUUUUCAGUAGAUUGUUCAUUCUUCUUCUAUUCAUUGACUUAUUUUUGUGACUACUUGAUAUAUUGUUUAAUGAACAAAUAAGUAGAUAAGUAAUUAUUGUUCACCUA